UUAUUCCUGUAUUUCAUGCUUGAGAGGUAGCUGAAUAGACUAUUAUGGAUGGCAGCAAUAAACAACCCAAUAACUAUGUGGCUAAAGGACUCAAUUCGCCUGAAUUAAGAAUGAACAAAAAUAUACCAUUUGUGGAUGAAGUAGUAGAACUCGAUAAUGUUAGAAUAUCCAACAGUAAAGAUGUGGAUACAAGACGUCCUUCAUCAGAAACAAAAAUAAAUGAAGAUAUACCAUUUGUGGAUGAGGCUACUGAACCUAAUCAUGUUAAAGUAGAUGAACCUAUUCGGCCGAAACGAUACAGAGAUGUUGAAAAAGGAGAAGCUAAUUAUAAACCAAAUGGCAAUAUUGUGAUACACGCUUCCGAUCUGGGAUCUGUCCAUUCAUCGCCGAAUAGUGACACCAUUGUAGUUAACACUCCUGAAGGGACUUUAUAUGUAACAUUAGACCCUUAUUCAUCUAAAUCCACUAAACCAAAUAGCCCGAGCACGCAAUCGACAGAGAUCUCCGAUGCAUCUCCAAGUACGUCAAAAGCGUUUGGUGCAGAAGAAUCGGACGCCUUGCUUGAUGAGGAAAGAGACGACACGGAGAUCAGGAGAAUGAAUUUGAGGCGGAACUCAAUAUCGAUGCCUACGCUUCAGAAUCUUGAAUCCGAAGUUCUUCGUCAGCAAUACUUGAACAAUCCACAAGAUGAGAUCCCUGAACACCAUCAGAGCACAGCGUCAGGGUUCAGCGAUGGUGACCACGCCACAGAUGAAAAUAAUGACGACGAAGAUAGAGCCAAGACUCCCCUCCGCUCUCCGCGCCGUAAGCCCCGAAGGUUCGGUCGCUCCGAGUUCAGUAUGGACGAAGAAGAUUAUUCGCCGAGUAAUUCUGUCACUUCAGUCAACUCGCUCGCCAGUCUUCUCAAAGAGAAAUUACAAAGCAUACCGCAGAAAAUCCGCAAAAAGCCGACAGACUACAAACUGCGGGCAUUUGUAGCCCUCAUGUUCCUCGCAGUGGCUUUCUUCGUUGGCUUCGCUUACGUCUUAUAUCACCGGCAGGCAUUAACGAAGGCUUACUACGACAACGUACAGUUCAACGAACCUAAAAGGAUCAUCAGAAUCUUCAACAGAGAGGACAACGAAAUAUUGAAGGCAACUUUGGCUGUGGGUAUAGAAGGUAAAGUGAAAUCGUACCCAUGUUUGGCUGAAGAUCGACUCGACGAUGGCUCCAAGUGUUUGGAGUGGGUGCACACGCUGCGGUUCUACCUCAAGUGUCUGCCGCACGACCCCGGCCUCGACAACACCACCUGCUAUUCUGUCCAUUGGAAAGCACUGAGAAACGAUGUAUAUCCUAAUGAUUGUUUCGACUGGUCCGAUACAAAAGUACAUUGGUACGGUGCAGGGCAAUCACUUAACAUAACUUGGCCAUUAAACACAGGAUCUAUUGAUUACACACCGUUCAUUACUGGCGACAUACAAAAGUCACAAUGGGGCAAUGUCUUAUCCAGAUACCUAAUCAACUCCAAAGGAGCUGCUAUCAUUAUCGAUGAAGAAACUCCUCUUCAAAUAGCUAUUAACAAAGAAAGGAACGAAAUCUGUCUUAAAGCUAGGUAUGACGAUUUCGCUUACGUUAAUCAGCUCACAGAAUUUCCUGAGAUGAAGUACAAUAUAUGUACGUCACACGAUAUGAAAUCUCUCCAUUCAUCCAUCCAUAGUCAUAGUAGAGCUCCAUUAUGGGACGGUUUGAAACCAGCUGACAUGCAGACCCUAGAAUCUCUAAUAUCAGAACCUGUGUGGCAAAUUGCCCCACGUUUCAAGCAUGAACUACAAACUGAGACAAUAUCGCAGUAUACGGAAGACGUUAUAAAUUUAGGCUUUUUAAAACAGGGCCAUGUUCUCAUUAAUGAAUUUUGGCAGAACGAAAUUGGUGAUCUGUCAGUGGAUGCAAAUAGAUUUGAAACAUUAAAUGUAACUAUUGAUAAACUGCAUAGAAGAGGUUUUAAAGUAGCGUUUACGAUUCAACCCUUUAUAAGUACAGAAAGUACAAAUUUCGCUGAAUGUGUACAGAGGAGACUGCUUGUUAGUGAGAGGAAUAGCGAUAGAAGAAUACCAGCAUUGACGAGAUUUAAAUCUUUAGCUAGCGCUGGAGUAUUAGACAUAACUAAUAAUAGAUCAGUGCCGUGGAUAUUAGAAAAAUUAGAAGCUGUUAUUGAAGAAUAUCACAUAGACUCUUUUUAUUUUGAUCUAGGUGUCGCUUACGAUAUGCCUCACUACUACCAAUGUGAGAAGAGAUUGAUCAAUCCGGACCAAUACAAAACGUUAUUUACGAAGACUUUUGAGAAAACCCUAAACAUUAUUGGUGUUUCGUCAGCAAUUUCUUUACCGCGACCGCCGAUUUUUGUAUCAUUGCCUCCAUUUGAGUCGUCUUGGGAAGCUUUGGCAAUGGUUAUACCAGCGAUGUUGACAUAUGGAGUAGAUGGGUAUCCAUUUGUAAUGCCCGGUGCAGUUGGAGGAGAUAUAUACUGGCCAGGCAGCGAGCAGUUCUUGCCAUCAUCCAAAGGAUUUAUGGAGGUAAAUGCAACAAAUACAACUCAAGAGAAUGGAAUAGAGUUGCCAGAACGGGAGUUGUAUAUAAGAUGGCUGCAGAUGGCCACAUUCUUGCCAGUGAUGAAAUUCACGCAUCUACCAAGUAAAUACAACGACGAGAAAGUGUUAGAGAUGGCGAAGAAUUUGACGUCUUUGAGGCAAAAACUGAUCACGCCACUGCUGCUGAAGUACAAGCGCGAGGCCCUGGAGGAGGGCCUGCCGCUGAUCCGCCCGCUGUGGCUGGUGGCGGGCGGGGACGCCGCGCUGCUGGUGCGCGACGAGUUCGCCAUCGGGGACGAGAUCGUCGUCGCGCCCGUACUCAAUCCAGGGGAGACCACCAGAGAAGUAUAUCUCCCGGCCGGGCUGUGGCAGGACGGUAUCGACGGAUCCCUGCGGAAAGGCAACCGAUGGAUGCACGAGUACAAAGUUCCCCUAGAACGGGUCGCGUACUUCAUAAGGAAACCGGACGAUAUGAGGUUUAAGUGACAUUAUUAAUAAUCCAUAUACUCAACCCAUAAAAAAAUGUGCUGUAAUGAAAAUUUUCUACAAUAACUAAUUAGGCUCAGAAUGGGGACAGAAAUGAACUACCCGUAUUACUGCCGGUAUUGGGAAGUCUAAGAUUCUCUCGACUUAAAAGAUAUGAUAUCCAGGGACUACUGGAAAGAUUCGCAGACUGCGUCUGAGAGCUGAUUCAUCACUUAGGCAUACAACCAUUGAAUAAAAAUAGAACCAACUGAUUGGACUAUUGUCUAAAAAAAUAAAAAGAUUGCCAAAAAAGAAGUAUUCUCGAUAAAAUAUUGUCGAUAGCAUUAGGCAAUUGAUAUCAACGUUCCGCACUAAUAAGAUUUACUUUAAACAAGUUUGUUUAAUAAUUACACGUAACAGAAAAUCUCAAUUGUCACCAAAAAAAAAAUCAUUAGUUCAUUCACAUGAACUAAGAAUCAUCAACAAAGAUUCAUGAAUCUAAGACAGUAUAAAAUGAAAACUUCUGACAGAAAUUGUAAAAAUAAUGAAUUUCAGAACAACAGAAGUACCUAUAUUUAGCUCAUUCAUAUGAACAAUCGAUAAUCGUUACUUCCUUACUAAUAUUAUAAAAUAAUGCGAAAGUAACUCUGUCUGUC